CGGGUUUACACGUAACAAUAAAUCGUUACGAUGUGAUUGACAAUUUUUAUUGUACCAAUUAAUCGAAAUAGUGAAUAUUGUUUACACACUACAAUUUCUUGUCCAAUAUUCUUUGUCGACCACGGUUCAUCACAACUCAGUUUUAGCUUUCACCAUGGAGGAAGUACUGUUGUGGUCGUUAUAUCUAGUUUGUUUAGCGAAAAAAGCAAAACAGUCGCGAAGACCAAGAAGAAAGUGGAGUCGCGAAUGGUUGCUGAAGAAAAGGGAAUUUUCGCAUGUAAACUUAUUGCGAGAAUUACGAAAUGAACCCAAUGACUGGCGAAAUUAUUUGAGAAUGGAUGAAGAGACUUAUGUUGAAUUGUUAAAGUUAGUUUCUCCGUUUAUCGUGAAAAAAGACACUGUUAUGAGAAAAUCCAUAUCUCCACACGAGAGACUCUCAGCUACCUUACGAUUCCUUGCUACCGGAAGAAGCUUUAAGGACAUGGAAUUUUCAACUGCCAUUUCUAAACCAGCUCUCUGCAAAAUAAUUCCGGAAACCUGUGAGGCUAUCUACAAAGUAUUAAAAAAAUACAUACAGUGUCCUAAAACAGCAAAUGAGUGGAUGAAAAUCGCUUCAGAUUUUGAAGAGAAGUGGCAAUUUCCUCAUUGUUUGGGUGCGAUCGAUGGCAAACAUGUCCAGAUCAUUCCACCAAAGAAUAGUGGUUCCAAAUACUACAACUACAAAAAGACACAUAGUAUAGUUUUAAUGGCUAUUGCAAACGCUCACUGCGAAUUUAUAUAUUGUGACGUAGGAACGAACGGUAGAAUAUCUGACGGAGGUGUGAUAAAUAACACUAUUUUCUACGAACGACUUGUAAAUAACCAAUUGGAUAUUCCUGCACCUGAACCAGUAAGCUUCGAUCUUGACCUGGAAUAUGUUUUUGUGGGGGAUGAUGCUUUUGCGAUGCGACCUGAUCUUAUUAAGCCUUACAGUCGAGUUUCACUUAAUAAUGAGAGAAGAAUAUGUAACUAUCGAAUAUCGAGAGCACGGCGAGUGGUUGAGAACAGUUUUGGAAUUUUAACAUCAAGAUUUCGUAUUUUUAACAAUGCAAUUAAUUUACAAGUGAAAACUAUUGAAUCAGUAGUUCUCGCAUGCUGUGCCUUGCACAAUUUACUACGCAAAAAAUCAGUUUCCUACACCUCUCUUGAAUGUUUUGAUCACGAAAAUACUAUGGAUGGUACUAUUCAACUAGGUGCAAGGUGUAAUCCCGAUAUAUUACACAACCUCGAACGACGUUCAGGAGGUCAAGUUUUAGAAAGAGCAAAAAUUAUCAGAGAAAAAUUCUGUACAUAUUUCAACGGUGAGGGGUCUGUUCCUUGGCAAGAAAAAAGUGCAUGGAACGUUUGAAAUUUAUAGUUCUUGAAAAAAGCUUAUCAUAUGUUAAUUAUAUUAGUAUGCUUACUAUAUUGCUUGUAAGAAUUUAGUUUUAUAGCGAUUUUUUCACUUUACUAGAUUACAGACAAUUCAUUUGAAC